GACACACAGCCACCACCACUCCACCAUGUACAAGCUUCUGAUCCUGUCCGCGCUGGUGGCCGCCGCUUCCGCCGGCUACCUUGGAGGCUACGCAGCCCCCGCCUACGCCGCCCCCGUGGCCGCCUACGCCGCCCCCGUCGCCGCCGUGGCGCACGCCCCCGUGGCUGUGGCCCCCGCCGCCCCCGCAGUGGCCGUCGCGCACGCCCCAGUCGCCUCCUCCGUGGCCAACACGUACAGGAUCUCGCAGACUGCCCGCCUCGCCUACGCCGCCCCCGCCGUGGCCCACGCCCCUGUGGCCUACGCCGCCCCCGCCGUGGCUCACGCCCCCGUCGCCUACGCCGCCCCCGCCUACGGCUAUGCUCGCUACGCCGCCGCUGCCCCCGCUCUGGGCUACGGAUACGGAGCCUACGGCUACGCCGCACCCGCUCUCGGCUAUGGCCACGCCCUCGUCCAUUAA